AUGGUGGGCUUUCCUCGCCUGGCUGCUCUGGCCAUCAGCAUCCUCGCUUCCUUUUCGUCGUCUGCACCAACCACCGGUGAUACUGACGUGGCCACGACCGUCCCUGUUUCGGCGAACAACAGCGCCGUCAAUGCCGAAAACGUGAACUGCUACAACGCCUGUUAUGGCAUCUCACGGGACACGGUGGUCCAGGCACUGGAUUGGUUCUGCCAACAGUUCGAGGGUCACGUACUCAAGACGCCAGCAGACAACCUCUGGGGUCGCUAUCAGUACAAACCCAAUACAGACACGACCUACCUCGGUCCCUACGACGAGGGAGAAAUUGGCAUGACCAUCAACGUGACCUCCAACGCAGAGUGCUCCCCACCGCUAACUAUGACCUACGAUGCUUGCUUCACGUACUCACUCGUUCCUAUUGACAACUGCAACACGGCGUCGACCGAGGGCAAGCAGGGUGGCACGGUGCUCUAUGGUUGUCUCCAGUACGGAUUCCAGCCGAAUCCAAAGUACUGGCCAGAGUGCGCCUUGGAGCCGCAAGAGGAAUCCAAGAGCAUCGACGUUCGUGCUGCAGAUGUGUCGAUCACGCCGGACCCGACCUACCUCAAUUGCUACAACCUUUGCUUUGGCGUAGAGCGAGGGAGAGCAAUUGACGCAGUCAACUUCUUCUGCAACAAGGCCGCGGGUCGAAUUUUCACAACCUCAGCGGACAACUUUGCCCAGCAUUUUCUGUACGAGACUCAUGGCGAAUCGCAAGAUCCAGGUUACUACAAUGAGGGCGACAUUCGAAUGAGCAUCAAUGUCAACGACAGUGUCAAAUGCAACCCGGGCGUGACCAUGACAUUUGACGAGUGUUAUGCGAACGUGAUGUACUCCUGCGUUGAUGGCUGCAACACCGACGGCGAGAAUCACAAACAAGGCGGUUGGUCAUCCAACGGGUGCCUCAAGUACGAAUUCCAGCCGAACCCAGUGUAUUGGCCCUUCUGUUACUUCGGACCCGACCAGCGUGGGUCUGGUUCUCGCGUACUUCAGGCAUACAAUACCACAUCACGAAACAGCACACACAAAGUCCUCGGCGCAUAUACGACAACAAUGACGCAGUCUCUUGCGACCGGCGAACCGGCUGCCAUGUCUACAGAGCCGCCCCAAGCACCGUCAGGCCUCAAUAACUUCAACAUCGAGGACGACGCAGAGAGCCUCUAUUGCUUCAACUCCUGCUUUGGUGUUUCUAGAGCUGUGAUGGGGGACGCAACGAAUGCCUUUUGCAACUGGAUGGGCGACCAUUACUUCACCUUUGCUGAGACCAGCAACAUGGUGUUCACUUGGAUCUAUCCACCAGGAGAUCCAUGGCGGUCCCAGUUCGGCGAGUACUACGAGGAAGGCCGAGUCGAGGUGCACAUUGAAGUCAUUGAAGGCGCGGUCUGUAGCCCGACUGUUCUUGUCAACUAUGGUGCUUGCUAUCAACGUCUUAUGUGGGGAUUAGUGGACCGGUGUGACACGGAGGAUGAAAACUACAAGCAGGGCGGCUGGGUCACCCAUGGCUGUCUCAACUACACCGUCCAGCCGAACCCUCUAUACUGGCCGGCAUGUGGCGGUCGACCAUCAUCAGAUUCGAAGUUCGAAACAGCAGCCGAUAUGCUGUCAGACGACGCAUCACCCGUUCAAGCCUCAGGCUCCGCUGAACCCCAAGACGGAACCCUCCUCGCCACCUCUAUUGCACCACGAUCCGAGCCUUCAAGUUUCACCACGCUCGACUUGGAGGGGACCGACUGGCCUGAACCUACCUGUCUGAACAACUGCUACGGUGUGUCGAGAUUCAUUGCAGGUGUCGCGGCCAAUGAGAUGAGCGUCCAGACGGGCGGCCGCAACUUUACAACCCCAGAUGACAACGUUGAAUUGGCUUGGUCUUACGAGCCGGACAGGCAAGAGCUGUUCCAAGGCCCAGGCUGGAUAGAGGAAGGCAGCAUAUUGAUGACGAUCGAAGUCAUUCCCGGCACGACAUGCGACCCGCCUAUGUUCAUUGACAACCCCAACAUCUACCGUGUCUUCAUGUGGAACAUCAUAGACAAAUGCAACACAGGCGGCGAAAACCACAAGCAGGGCGGAUAUCUCACCAACGGCUGCCUCAAUUUCACCAUCAACCCCAAUCCAAAGUACUGGCCAGAUUGCGAGUUGGCGCCGGACGCUCGAAAGGCACUGUCGCCAACUGAGGUCGAGACGGCUACAUUUUCAGCAGAUCCCUCCACGCCUGUGCACUCCAGCUCGGGAGGAGUUUGA